AAAGAAGAGAGCACCAGCAACCCGAGAAACCUAUUUUGUGAAUUGUCCAGAAGAUAUUGGCGCCGAAGAAGGAGAACUGGCAUCCUGCAAGAACACUGGAUUUGAGUUUGGUAGAUGAAUAUGACUUGCUCAGAGGAAGCAGACGCACAGUUGGCAGAGAUAGAACUGCUGAUAAGUAUGUUUCCAAGUGAAGAAGAGUUACAAGUGGAUGAGAUCUCGCAUGCAGAGCUCAGGGCUUAUGUGGAAGGCUCAGCUCAUACUCCCCCCACCUCUAGACCCCAAUUCAGCAUCAUGGUGAAGGUGGAGAACCCUGCAGCGUGCAUUACAAUGGUUUGCUCUUACCCAAAUGACUACCCAAAAGAGUUGCCAGACAUCACUGUCAGGUGCGCUGAGCUUAUUAGAUCACAGCAGAUGCAGCUUCACUCUGAUCUCAACAACUACCUGACUGAAAACUGCAGAGGUGAAGUGUGUGUUCUUUCAGCUGUGCAGUGGAUCAAAGACAAUGCAUGCGUAUAUUUCACUAAAAGCGCAGCUUUCAGUGAACCCAAGAAAGAACAUGCUUUGACUCAGCCAAAAACAACAUUCAGUAGACUCUGGAUCUACAGCCAUCAUAUCUACAAUAAGAUCAAGAGGAAGAACAUUCUGGAAUGGGCAAAGGAGCUAAACCUUUCUGGGUUCAGCAUGCCAGGAAAGCCUGGGAUUGUCUGUGUAGAAGGUCUGCAGUCUGUUUGUGAUGAGUUCUGGGCCAGACUUAAGGUUUUGACAUGGAAGAGAAUAAUGAUUUGUCACAGAGAAGAUGUCCCUUUAGACAGUAGCUGGACGGAGGAGAGAAUUGAAUCCCUCCGCAAGUUCACCCUCUUUCAUGAAGCUAUAUUUUACCCGCAUGGGACUAAAGGAAACCACAUGGACCUUGGGCAGCUCUAUCAGUUCCUUAAUGACAAAGGAUGUGCUGAUAUAUUUCAGUUGUACUUUGGAAUUAAGGGUCAGUGACAAUAUGCCUGUGAUAAGCUGGAUGGAAAAGACAACACCUAUGUUUUAUCCAACUGUGUUUGCAGGGUGUGUUUAUUGGAAGUGACCAUGCCAUAGAAAUGACAGAAAUGAUGUCUAAUGAUUAUCCAUCUGACUAGAGUGAUAUUUAUUCUGUGUCCUAGGUUUACAGAGGUUAUUUUUUUUAUAUAUAUUUUGUGAUAUGAUUAAGUUUGAAAGAAUCAAAACACUUGGACAAUGGACAAUACAAACACAGUGUAUUAACACAAAUAUUCAUUCACCUUCGGCUCAGUCCCUUAUUUAUCAAAGGUCGCCACAGUGGAAUGAACUGCCAACUAUUUCGGCGUAUGUUUUACACAGCUAGUGCCCUUACAAACGCAACCCAAUACUAGAAAAUGCUCAUACACGCUUGCAUUCACACACACUCUCAUACACUAUGGCUAAUUUAGUUUAUUCAAUUCACAUUUAGCGCAUGUCUUUGGACUGUGGGUGAAACUGGAGCACCCGGAAGAAACCCACACAAACAUGGGUAGAACAUUCA